AUCCAAGCCAUUCACAAUGCUUCUCUUGAUGCGCUGGAUCGUUUUGCGCGUGAUUUAAUCAAAGAACGACUCCCCAUCAAUUAUAUUCAGACCCUCAAUACUAAUGACAAAACGGAUGCACUACGAGCAUGCCUGAUUGUCUACGUUCUGACGUCAACGGCCAUAGUACCACAUCAAUUCCAGCUCGAAGCUGUUCUAGCAACAUUGAAUGGUCGAGACAGCAUCAUAACUGCAGGAACAGGCAGUGGAAAGACGUUGUGUAUCCUAAUUCCUGUCCUACUUCGUCCAGGUACUGUGAGUAUGACAAUUUCGCCGCUCAAACGGCUCCAGGCCACACAGGUCCUCGAGUCCACAAAAUAUGGUAUACCUACAAUCUCAAUCAACGAGGACACUCCAGCGGAUCCAUCUCUCUGGGAGUUGAUUCGCGCAGGAAAUUUUACUCAUCUUAUUGUUUCGCCGGAACAAUUAUCGAUGUUCAAUGGCCAUCUUCCGCACCUUGCACGACUUCUUCGACAAGAUCACACCUUCACUCGACGUAUAAAGCGUGUACAUAUUGACGAAGCUCACAGCAUCUACACUGCGGGACUGUCUCAUCACGGUGAAGAAGCUUUCCGACCAGCUUAUGGCAAGCUUGGUGAACUUCGUGUGCUCCUUUCCAAGGGCACGACAUUUCAAAUGCUUUCGGCUACGCUUCCACCUCACAUUCUCUCAGCUGUGAAACACCAACUUAUGAUGCCACCGGAUCAUAUCUACCUAGCACUGUCAGCAAACCGUCAAAAUAUUACCUACGCAAUGACGCCCCUCAUCGGGGGCCCCCGCAAUUUUCAUAAUUUUGACUUCCUGAUUCCAGCAGAGUAUAGACCACCAAUGAUGAUUCCGAAGACACUCAUAUUCCAUGAUAAUAAGCAAGAAGCUGUGGAUGCGGCUGCGUACAAUGAUUCCCAUCUACCGAAACAAUUACAGAAUCAAGGAAUCGUGAAACAUUACCAUAGCAACAUGUCAGCAGAAUACCUUCAGCAAACUUAUGAAGAUUUUGCAUCAGUCUCGGGCACUUGUCGCAUCAUU